AUGGCGCUUGCACAAAAGAAUGGCCUAAAACUUGAAUUCGCGACAGCAGAGGACGCCGAAGCGAUCGCGCCGCUCUUUUCGUCGUCCUUUCAUGAUCAUGCUUACUUCAGACGCAUGGUGCCCGACACAGCGGAGAGUCGCGUGGCAUGGGCAGACUUGUUUCGCUUCGCAUGCAAAGACCCAUAUACGAUUUGCUUGAAAGUCACAGACGAAGCAACGGGCAAGAUUGUCAGUCAUGGGCGGUGGGUGAAGCCUAAGAAGCGGGUGGAAGACGAGCAACCAGGACACGAAGAGCAGCGAUGGAGUGCCCUUGAUCCGCAUCUCGAUGCAGAGACAGCUGAGGCAUUGUUUGGAUCAUUUGAGAGGAAUAGCCAUGAGAUGAUGGGGGAUCGAAGACAUUAUUAUAUGGAGCUACUUAUGACUGCUGAGGGAUACAAAGGCCGUGGCUCUGGCGGGAUGAUCUUGGAGCAUGGCACUGGGUUGGCGGACGAGGAGCAGGUCGAAUGCUAUAUCGAUGCAUCUCCGGCGGGGCGGCCUUUGUAUGAGCGGCACGGCUUCGUGUUCAGCAAGCAGGAGAAACUGCCCAUGGACUAUCACUACAACUUUGGUAUUAGAGAGCCGAAGACGGAAGAGAAGUAG